GUUCGGAGGCGGCUAGUUUAAGUUGCCAUAGCAGAGGCAGGUUUGGAUUUGAUUCACUGUCCUUACCGCUUGCAAAGCACCAAGCCAGAAGCUCUUAUGUAGAUAAAUCACACCGACCGCCCCCUCCGUCCCCAUGCAAUGGAAUCAUCCAGUGGGUCGGACACGUACGACAGGGCGAGGCGAAGCAGACCGCGGGGGCGGGAUGUACUGCGCCGACCCCAGCAGGACCUGCGGGGGGCGAGCGGCAGUGGGAGUGCCGCAGAGAACUCUGGGAUCACGGAAAAGAUCAGCACCCUGGCCAGCACUCUACAGGACACUAGCAGGAACCUGAAUAAGGUGGACCGGAUGCUUGGUCAGUACAGGGACAACACUGAUGACCAAGCAGAAGCCAUGGCCCUGCUGAAGGAGAACCUGGAGGAGUCCAUCGGCCAGCUGCAGUCCCAGAGGCUGAGGAGGACCAACGGAGGGGUGAGGAGUGCUUCCGCCUCCACCCUACACACCAGCGACCUGGAGCAGCAAGGCUCGGGCUCAGAAGGGCAGCGUUUCCACCCCACCUCCCCACUGAAGGAGUACCCCGGCGGGUCGGUGAGGAGACGGAGGUCCCACUCCGCCUCGGUCCGCUUCAAGGACACCAAACUCUCGGCGGAGGACAUCCACUGUCUGCACCAGUCUCUACGCGACCUUCGCUGUGAUCAGACGAGACUCUCAGAUGAUCUGGACCGAGAGAUCCUCCUGAGAAACAGAGCUGAUGUUGACACCAGGCGAGCGAUGGAGAACCUCACGGAACACCUGACACUCUCUCAGACCCAAGACUCUGUGUCUUCCCGUGUGGACCGCAGGAUCCAGGACUUGGAGAGAGUGCGAGGCCUCGAGCAGCGGGGGGUCUUCACUGAUGAACGUCAGCAGACUUCAGGGAGACUCGGAGACCAGGCUUCGGGGAGAGAGGAGGUGUUGGAGCCCUGUCUGCUGAAGUCCGAGCGGGAGAGAGAGAAGAUGGAGCAGGAGAUGGAGAGAGCCAGGGUACGCUUGGCGCAGACUGAGGACAGCAGAGACACACUCCGACAACAGCUGGAGGAGAUGCGGGAGGAUCUGCUGAGGACGGGGAAAGAGAAGCUGGAGCUCCAGAGGGAUCGCCUGGAGCUCCAGAGGGAGGUGUCCCUCCUCUCCUCUCAGCCCCACGGCCAGCGCCCUGACAGGGGAGAGAGCAGUGGCGCUCCGGGCCCAGCCCGGACCGACCUAGAGAGGGAGGUGGCGGAGCUGCGAGCCCAGCUGUGCAAGGCCUCCAUCCUGGGGGAGGUGGAUGAGCUGAAGAAGGCGCUGGAGCUGAAGGAGAGGGAGAGGCUGCAGCUCUUUGUGCAGGUGGAGGCGCUGACCACAGAUCUGGCCAGGCGGGAACAGCAGCAGCUGCGUAUGCUGGACCAGCUGAGGGACAUCCAGAGCCAGGGCAAGGUGGAGCAGCGGGAGGCGCAGGCGCUCCUCCAGGAGAGCAACCGAAGCAGGGAGGAGCUGAAGGAGCGCGCCCAGGACGCAGUGCGCCAGUGGAGGGCCAAGUGCCGGAGGCUGCAGAGGGAGCUGGAGGAGACCAAGACCGGUGCCCUGCUGCACGCCAGCCAGGUCACACAGGCCACUAAGGAGAAGGAGGGCUCCCAGGCCCAGCUGAAGGUGCUGACGACGCAGACGGAGGCGGUGCGCCGGGAGCUGACGGAGGUCCUGGGGCGGCUGGCCCACCGCGAGGAGGAGCUCCACCGCCGGGACGUGGAGCUCUCGGAGGCCCACCAGCGACACGUCUCCCUGGAGCAGGAGAACCGAGAGGGGAGGGAGUCGGCGGCGGCCCUGCAGGAGGAAGCACGGCGCCACGCCUCCCUCCAGGCCCGCCUCCGCGAGGAGAACCAGCGGCUGGAGGAGCAGGCGGAGGCCCAGGCCCGGCGCUCCCAGCGGGACCAGGAGGCCCACGCCUCCCUCCAGGCCGCCCUGAAGGAGGAGGCAGCCUCGGCCCGCGCCCAGCUCGCCCAGCUGACCCAGAGGCUGACCGCCGAGGAGCGGUCGGGCCGGGAGCUCCAGAGGGACAUCCAGGCCAGGCUGCUCGCGGCCCAGGAGGAGGCGGCCUCGCUGGGCGGGCAGCUGCGGCUGGAGAGGGAGGUGCACCGCAAGGAGCUGGAGAGCCUGCGGGCCGUGGCGGACGGCGGCGGUGGCGGCGGCGGGCGGUCCAGGAAGGAGCGGGAGGCGCAGGAGGCGCUGAGGCUCUGCGUGGGGGAGCGGGACGAGCUGCAGGCCCGCCUCACGGAGGUCAAGGUGGACGCAAGCUCGGAGAGGGAGCAGAGCCGUCUUCUGCGUCUCAAGCUGGACCGUAUGAAGGAGGAGUGUGACAAGCUGGCCCAGGAGCUCAACACCAGGGAGGAGGAGCACUCACUGCUGCACAGGAAGUACCAGCAGCUCAAACAGGAAGUGGAUAGCAGGGCCAGGAAGGGGGAGGAGCGGAGGCGGAGCUCGGAGGUGGAGCUUGCUUCACUUGGACAGAAGGUGUCUCGUCUGGAGGCGGAGCAGGAGGCGGUCCUAUCCUCCGCAGGGGAGGAGCUAGACAAGGCGUGCAGGAGCCUGGCCAGAAACGCAGAAGACAAGCUUCAGGCCAUCGCCCAGAUACCUGGACUGGUGAAGGAUCCUCAUCGCUGGCUCGCUGAAACCAAGAGCAAACUCCGCUGGCUGUGCGAGGAGGUGCAGGAGCGGGAGGGGCGGGAGCACCGGCUGAGGAGGCAGCAGCAGCAGGCCAAGGAGCAGCUGAAGGAGGCGCGGCGGAGCCGGGACGAGGAGCAGGCGGCCCUGCUGCAGCGGCUCCACCAGCAGGAGAAACUGCUGCACUCGCUGGGCACGGAGAAGAAAGAGCUGCUAGAGAGGAGCCGGAGGAAGGAGGAGGAGCUGAGAGGCCUUCAGGAUCGUGUGUUGGACCUUGAACUGAGUACGCGGGUCGCCCUGGAUCACCUGGAGUCCAUGCCGGAGAAAGUGAGUGUGGCGGAGGACUUCAGAGACCUGGAGGAGUCCCAGCGGCAGAGGGAGGCGGUGCAGCAGCGCUACGCCAAACACAAAGACAUCGUACGGGACCUGCAGCAUCAGCUGGACCAGUCCAAGCGGCGGAUUCAGGAGUGUCGGGAGGAGAAGUUGGACGCCACGUCCCGAAGCGCCAAGCUCGCCAGCCUUUCAUCCCCCGUCCGCGGCCCGUCCGCACGCCUCGCCAGCUCACCCAGGUCCGACCGGCCCCCCGGUAAACGCCCCACCAGCCCAGAACCUGACAUCUCUCCCGUCAACGGUGCCAGGAACAACAGGAACCACAGGAACCACAAUCACUAGAACCCCCCCGUCUCUAGUGAGUGAGGGGUGGGUGAGCCAAACCUGACUGCUACACGCAUGGUGCUUCACCGCAAACUUGACUUCACCAAACUAGGCCUUGGAUCCGUCAGCUACCUCAACAAGGCCGACACUGAAGGUGCUCCGGUCAGUACAAAGAACCACAGAAAUGUCAAGGGGUCAGAGGUUCUGUAGUGUGGUCCGCUCUCAGAAACACUUUAGCAGAGGAGUGUGAUGUGUUCAUAAUGUGAAGAAUGGCUUGUUUCUUUGCUAUUUAUAAAUAAAUAAAGAGUAUGACUUGAUGUUGUAUUUUUAAUGGACACAAGGGCUAUGAAGGCAGACAAUUAGCCUAAAAUGAAUUUGAGUGUGCUUGGUUACAUUUUACACUCCAUUUACAAUUUUUUAUAGAUAUGUGCUCUAUGAUAUAAUCAUGCAAAUGUGGUUACACUUGAUUCCAGAAAAUUGUUACCGUAGACACAUGUGUGUCUGUAGAUAAAUGUCUCAUGUACUCGAUAAACAUUAUAAAUGUACUUUUUCUGUAAUCCGUUUUACUGUACUGUAUUCACUAACUACUGUAUUGUAGAAGAACAGUUCUGACGUGUUUUUUAGAGAGAGACAGUUGUGUUUUUUAUUUAUUUCAUUCACUCCUUUUUUUAUAAGAUAUGUUUUUCCCCUCAUGCAUUUUGUUUAUAAAAAAAAACAUUUAUGUAUUCACAAUGUAUAUUUUUUAAGAAUUGUAUAGAAAUAUAAUUUGCAAAUAAACAACCUCCUGCAGGUUCGACUACUACACCAUA